AUGCAUACUGAUCAGCAGCAAAGUGAAACUAAUUCUGACACGCAAGUUUCGCAAAAUACUACUGGGAAUUCUCUUUUCUCGGAAUCUAGCAAAGUUCGUUUCAGUAAGCUCCCUUCAGAACAAACAAAAGGAACUAUUGAAGUUGGAAAGAAGGUAGAGACCAAAACACGCAUUUCCAAGAAAGCUGUGAACAAGCAUGAAUUUGACGCAUACACCAUCUUUGUUGCUUCUGUGGUUCAAAAGCCUUCUCAAGUUCAUAAGGUCUUUUCUAAGUUUGGAUCGAUUCGAAGUCUCCGCUUCCGCUCGAUUAGCGUCGAAUCAACGCCUAUUUCCCAUUUCGACAAAAAACUGUUAAAGAAAGCUUCUGUGAUUAAGAACAAGCUAAGUGAAGAUAAAAAGUGUGUCAAUGCUUAUAUCGUCUACGAACAGAAAGAAUCGGUUGAGGCCGCUCUAGUUUUGAAUAACACACUUCUUUUUGACCGCCAUAUUGUAGUCGACCGCGUCUCCAAGAAGAAGAAACCGUUUGAUAAAGAGCGGAACCACCGCACGCUGUUUAUCGGCAACCUUCCGUUCGACGCCGACGAAGAAGAGCUGCGUUCCUUCUUCGAGUCGGGAAUGCUCAAGCAGAAGACGCACCUGGAGGAAGGGAGCCACGAAGAAUUCGUGGAGAGCGUCCGCUUGAUCCGAUCGAAAGAUUUGCAGAAAGGAAAGGGCUUCGGCUAUGUGACGCUGAAGUCGGCGGUGGAGAUGCCGCUGGCGUUGCUGCUGGACGGGAAGGAGUUUAAGGGCCGCGAGCUGCGCGUGAGCCGAAAAUGCGCGAUGCGGCGAUGA